AUGGCGGAAAGGGCGCGAUCGCGCGGCGAAACGGUGCGCGAGACGCGCGGGGGGGCGAAAGCGGCGCCGCCGACGGCGUCGGCGAGACGCGAGAAAUUCGAUCCUCGCGCGCCGCCGAAGAUUUUGCCAUCGUCGGCGUUGCUCGCCGCGAGAAACGCCCCGGAUGAGAGCGUGAGCGAGAAGGACGCGCGCGUGGUCGACACGCCGGGGAGCGAUUGGUUGCAAUCGCGCGGCGCCACCGCGCCGAUGGUGUUGCGCAGGAAACCGCCGCCGCCGGUCGAGGACGCGGAGUCGGACGAGCGAAUGGACGAGACCGAGAGCGAAGAUAAGGCGCGGAAAAAGCGCGGUGGGCGUCGCGUUCGCGAGCGCGAAGAGCGCCGGGUGCUGCGAUCGUCGAAAAAUGAUUCGGAUAAAACGGCGGCGUCGCGGAUGAAAAACGCGCCGCCGCCCGCGGCAAACUACAACGACUGGGUCGGCUCACAGUACGGCGGAGGCUACGGCGCGUCGGUCGAAGGCGCCGUGCCGGCGUAUGGAAUGGCGUUCGCCGACGGCUCGGGAUUGUUCCCGACGUUCGCGGCGGGGUAUCCCGCCGGUUACAGCGGAUACUACGGCUACGCGAGCGCGCCGCCGUCGGCGACGUGGACGCAAGAAGCCGCGUCGGCCGCCUCCGACGCGUCGGCGUCCGCGGCCGCAUCGUAUCCGUAUCAAGCGCCGGUCACCGUUCCCGCGAACGCGCCGUUUGACAUAAACGCCACGGGUACGUACGGCGCGGCGGCGGACGUCUCGCACCUGGCGGAACGCUUGGGAGAUUUACCAUCCAGUCUAGGCGCCGAAUUCGGCUCCACCGAAGACUUGUCGUCGGUCGCGAACGCUCCCGUCGCCGGCGGUGGACACCCGCGCGUUCAGCGGCACGCCUCGCGCGCGUCGGGCUCCGGCGGCAGAAAAAAUCGCUCGAGGCGCGCGCCCAAGGACGCGCGAAACGGAGAAAUUUAAUUCGCACCCUCUAGACACUCUCAACGUCCACCGCGUCGGCAAAAAACGCGCGCACGCGCUCGUCGUUCACCAACAGCGCGUCCCCGUGCGCGCCCGUCGGUUCCUUCGCCGUCUCGAAGCGCGACAAAAAUCGUUCGACGGCCGCCUCGAUUUCGUUCGGCGCCGACGCGAGCAAAUCGUCGCGCGUCGCCGCCCACGUCUCUCGAACCUCCGGCCUCGGCGCGUCCGCCGCCGCGCAUCUCGGAAAGCACUUCGGCACCGCGACGACGCCGAACACGUCGUACAGGCGUCCGUUCACCGGCGCGAUCCUCUCGUCGUCGCCGCCGCCGACGCUUCGCGCCAACCGCCGCGCGAGCGCGAGCGCCGCCUCGAACCGUCCGUCCGCGCUCGCGCCCGCGCCGAUCGCGCGCGCCGCGAUCGCGACGAAUAAAAUCGUCCACCGCAUCGCGCGCGUCGCGAGCGCGUUCGUCUCGACGCGCGCGCCGCGUCGUCGCCCUCGGUCGACCGCGCCGCGCCGCACUCGACGACGCGCGUCGCGGGCGCGCGAACGAUCGCCUCGCGCACGCGAGCGACGCGCGCGAGCGACG